ACUAUCAACCAAAAAAAAAUUGAUAUUCACAAUGGAUGUGGAUAUAUUUUAUGUGUACAGUUUAAGAAAAUUAUUAAGCGAUUGUACAAUGACAUAUAAAUAAUAUCACAGAUUAACUGGUUUACGACACAUUACGGACAAAUAUAUUUCGCUUGAGGAAAUAGCAUAUCUUCAGCUUUCGAGCUUUGGUUUAAAUCAGCGUCGUCGCGUCGUCUUGAGGAGGUUUCACAUGUCAUUGUUUUGUACUAUUAAAAAGCGUGUCUCUUGAUGCAAAAUGGGAUGGGUGGAUGUCUAACCCUGGACAGAGAAGAAUCGAAAGCAAGAAGGAGAAGUGAAGAAAUUGACAAACAGCUUGGAGAACUAGCCAAGCAGGAACGAAAUGUUAUUAAAAUAUUGUUACUGGGUGCAGGCGAAAGUGGUAAGAGCACUCUUGUGAAACAGAUGAAGAUAAUUCACAGUGAUGGCUUCACUAAAGAAGAAUUGCGAAGUUUUCGCCCAACAGUUAUGGAUAAUUUACUUUCGUCAAUGAAAUAUGUUCUUACUGGAAUGGGUCUGCUUAGAAUCAAUCUCCAGUCUGCCAAGAAUAAAGCUCAUGCCCACACAGUGUUAAUAAGCAGCAGUUGCUUUGACAAGAGAUUCAACAUAUUACCGAGUGUUGCCUUAGCUCUUCAAGCACUGUGGCAGGAUCGAGGGGUCCGAUUAGCGGUAGCUCGUGGCUAUGAGUAUGAACUUAAUGACUCAGCCAUCUAUUUGUUUGAAAACAUGGAGAGAAUUUGCGAUGAAAAGUAUGUUCCUACACCAACGGACGUGCUGCGGGCUAGAGUACGGACGAAUGGAAUAAUUGAAACUCACUUUAAAAUAAAUGACAUAAUUAUAAGUAUGUUUGAUGUGGGAGGUCAGAGAUCACAACGAAGAAAAUGGAUUUACUGUUUUGAUGAUGUACGAGCUGUAAUGUUUGUCGUCUCUCUUAGUGGCUAUGACAUGACACUUGUGGAGGACCCUACUGUAAACCGACUGGAUGAAAGUUUGAAUCUCUUCUCGCAAAUUGUUAACAACCGGUUCUUCCGAGAAGCAUCAUUUGUUCUUUUCCUCAACAAGUUUGAUUUGUUUCGUGAGAAGAUCUUGUAUUCUGGAAGACAUCUCAGACUGUAUUUUCCAGAUUACAAAGGGCCUGACUAUGAUGUGGAUCGUGGUGCUCUAUUCAUCCAGCACAAGUUUGCACUGCGCAACCACAAUUCUGCGAAGGUGAUCUACCCACACUUCACCACGGCUACUGAUACAUCCAAUAUCCAGGUUGUAUUCCAAGUUGUGAUGGAUACCGUGAUACGUGAAAACCUUCACCAAGUGACUUUGUUAUAGAUGUGUUCUGUGAGGUGACUUAGUGCAAUUACUUCUACAUUUUUGUUCACUUUUUGACAUUGCAACAGCUAAUUUAGUUUCCUGUUUGUCGCUAUUGCAUUUCUGUUUCCAAAUGCUGCUUCCUUGUACAAAUUGAUCAUUAGUGUAUUUAUUUAGAAGUGCAGAACUUCUGCAGAUGUAGAAUUUAAGAGCAAACAUAUCAAGAAAUAUUACAUCCUGUUGCAUACUUCAUUCCAUGGCAUAAUUCAAGCGCAUGUCAUUUUUACUGGGCAAAAUUUAGUUCAAAAACCGAAAGGAAGAGACUGCUUUGGGGAGACUUUGAUUUCAGUUAUUUGCAAUUCAUUUAAAACUGCUGGCAGGAGCUCAGACUGUCUAGUGUUAGGGUACUUACAUACUGACAGAUGGCCCACGUAACUUCAAAAUUUACUGCCAUGCUGUCCACCAUGUUAGCACAGCGAGAACAAGAUGACAACCCAAAUUUUAGAAUUUGUUUCCAGUAGCAUGUCCAUGGCCGGUCACGGUAGCUGAGUGGUCUAAGGCAUGUACUGUCUUCGCUCGCUUGGAAACUGGGAU